AUGAAGGACCUAUUACUGACUAAAAAGAGCUUUUUUGCGACUCUUGACCGGCUGGAUAUUUCAGAUGAUCAAGAUGAAGAUGAUGAGAGCUGGGGGAGUCUCUUAACUUUUGCAGACAAAGAACUUGACAACCCCAAUCUAAAGAAAGUCGCUCUUUCCUCGGAGCGCAUCCCACUUUCUCGAGCAAAUUCGGACCCUAUGUCUUCGUGUGACAUCCAAAGCAAGAGAGGCAGCCCAGUCACUGUGUCCAAACCUGCUCCUACAAACCGCCCUCGGACGACUGGAACUAUGCCAACCAUCAAGAGCGGAGGGCCUCCUCAAAAGAAAAGAAAGACCAAUAAUGCUAAGAUAAUCCCAGAUGACCAGCAGAUCUUUAAGGGAUUGAUUUUCUUCUUCUUCCCAAACAACGAUAUAUCUCCAUUCCGACGACUGCGCAUUCAACGAGCGCAAGAUUAUGGUGCACGAUGGAGUCGAAAUUGGGCGACCGAUGUCACUCAUGUGAUUAUGGACAAAGGCUUACUAUCAAGCGAUCUCCUUGGUUACCUCAAACUUGAAAAUUUGCCGACGAGUGUUGCUCUUGUCAAUGAAUCCUACCCAUCCGAAUGUAUCCAGUUUCGUUCUGUUCUGGAUACCUCGCACCUCCGCUUUCAUGUCAAUGGAACCCCAACGACCGCCGAGAAGGAGAAGUCUCCAGUCGCCGAACCGCCUCUCCCUGAUUCUCUUCCAUUGAAGCCAUCGCGGCGGGAGAAGAACCAGUCCCUAGAACGUUAUUUAUCUCCGGUCGAGGAACUGACGCCAAAUCCCUUGCCAAAAGAUUUCCCAGAAACAGUACCUGAAAGUGUGCCCGAUGCCGCGAUCUCCGAACCAGUCUAUGAAACUCCAACCGAAGAAGCGUGUAAAAGAGGAAACUGGGAGCGGGAUGCACUGGAUGAUAUAAUAGAUGAGGCUAAAGCCACAAGUCACCUGCCUCUGGACCAAAUUGAAUUUCCGAUUGACGAAUCUGCUGUUGAUGUCUCCGAUAUUGGAACCUCGAGCUCAGAGGAGGGCUCAGAGUCAAGUUGGAAGACACGGAAAGCUCCCGCUGGAGAAGGCAAAGGCAAAGACAAGUCUGACUGGAUCAAAGGUUUCGCCUGUAUGCAGAAAUUUGAUCCGGACACGAAACUUGACAACCCGAACAGCAGAACCAUCGAGGUACUACAGCAAAUGCUGGAAUACUAUACCCAAACUGCAGACCAGUGGCGGGUUAUGGCCUACCGUAAAGCCAUCAACGCUUUGCGAAAGCAACCGUACAAGAUUGCUACACGAGCACAGGCUCGGGCCAUCCCUGGUAUUGGGGAGCGGUUGGCUGAUAAAAUCGAAGAAAUUGUGUUGACUAACCGCCUUCGUCGUCUCGAAAAUGCCAACCAUACCUCAGAAGACUUGAUAAUCAAAGAAUUUCUCGGUGUCUAUGGUGCUGGCCUUUUCCAGGCCUCCAAGUGGGUCGCGCAGGGCUAUAGAUCUCUAAAGGAGUUAUUGGAAAGGGCUCCAUUGACUAAGCAGCAACGUAUUGGGGUGGAACAUCACAGCGACUUCGCGCAACGAAUCCCCCGCAAGGAGGUCGAAGCCCAUGGAGCGAUUGUGCGAAAGGCGGUGCAGGCCGUGGACAGGGAUAUGCAGGUGAUCAUCGGGGGCUCUUACCGCCGCGGGGCACUCACCUGCGGGGACGUGGACUGCCUGAUUACCAAACCUGGUGCCACGCUGGAGCAAAUUCGCACCAUGAUGCUCGGUCUUGUUGUCCCCAGAUUGUUCAAUAGUGGCUUUCUGCAGGCCAGCCUUGCCAUCUCGUCGCAUCAGGAUGGAUCUAAGUGGUACGGCGCAUCAGCUCUACCUGGCACCACCUUGUGGCGUCGGAUUGAUUUGCUGUUCGUUCCGGAUGCGGAGAUCGGGGCGGCGUUGAUAUACUUCACGGGGAACGAUAUAUUCAACCGCAGUAUGAGAUUGCUGGCACGCAAGAAAGGCAUGUGCUUGAAUCAAAAAGGUCUAUAUGCGGAUGUUAUUCGGAACCAGCAGGUGAAACUGAAUGGGGGGCGGCUGGUUGAGGGCCGGGAUGAGCGUCGGAUCUUUGCUGUGUUGGGUGUGCCCUGGCGACCUCCCGAGCACCGGAUCUGUUGA